AUGCAUCAGUUCAGGAAGGAAGGACUAAACCCUGCCUGGGAGAAGCCUGCAAAAACAGAAAGGGCCAAAAGGUUCAUCUUUUCAUCCCUAAUUUGCUAUACUGACCACAACCAAAGGAGACCCCCUAACGCCCAUGAGUAUAUCAGUACAAACACUAUACUGGUUUUAACUGCACGCUCAGUCGUGGAGGGAAAGACAGCAGCUUAUCCAGGUACAAGAAAGCCAGAGAAAACGGCUCUACAUGCUAACAAUCACAGCGAGCCCCUGUCUGCUACACAGCAUGAUCUUAGCAGGUUUUAG